AUGUCAACACAUACACACUUGAAAGACUUUGAUGAGUACCAGCGACUUUACGAAGAAUCCACUAAAUCACCAGAGACUUUUUGGGCGCGUACAGCCCGCAGUCUACUAGCCUUCGACAAAGACUUCCAGACGACCUAUACUGGCUGCAUGGAGCAAGGGAAAAAUGCCUGGUUCCCGGACGGCUUGCUAAACGCAUGUUACAACUGCGUUGACCGGCAUGCAUUGCGCCAUCCCAACAAACCCGCUAUAAUCUACGAAGCAGACGAGCCCAACAACAGCGGCACAGUGACAUACGGCGACUUGCUUCGGGAUGUGUCACAGCUAGCAUGGGUCCUCCGCCAGCACGGGGUGCAAAAGGGCGACACCGUCACGAUUUACAUGCCGAACUGCUCUCAGGUCAUAGUGGCUAUGCUGGCGUGCGCCCGCCUCGGGGCUAUCCACUCUGUGGUUUUCUCCGGCUUUUCCUCCGCCUCGCUCGCAGAGCGCAUCCAAGACGCCGGGUCAAACGUGGUUCUCACUUCAGACUAUGGUCAGCGCGGGGGGAAGCGCAUCAACACCAAAUCCAUCGUUGACCACGCACUGCAAGAAUGUCCGUUUGUAAGGGCGGUUAUAGCAUUCCGUCGGACGGACACUGCGGUCGACUGGGUCCGCGGACGGGACUUCUGGUGGCAUGAAGAGAUCGUAAAAGCUCCCAUUUAUCUCGCCCCGGAGGCAAUGGGUGCCGAAGACCCUCUAUUCCUAAUCUACACGUCUGGAUCCACAGGCAAACCGAAAGGCAUUCUGCAUACCACAGCGGGCUAUCUCGUGGGCGCCGCCGCCUCGGGGAAAUACACCUUCAACAUCCACAGGGACGAUCGCAUGUUCUGUUCGGCGGACGUGGGUUGGAUCACCGGGCACACGUAUACCGUCUACGCGCCCCUGCUACUUGGGUGCGCGACGACGGUGUUUGAGGGUACCCCGACGUAUCCGACCCCGUCCAGGUACUGGGAUAUUAUUGAGAAGCAUGGGAUCACGCAUCUCUGCGCUGCGCCAACUGCUCUGCGCGUCCUCAAGAACGCGGGGAAUGAUUGCAUGGAUGGCUACGAGAUGAAGGAUCUCCGCGUGUUGUGCACAGCUGGCGAGCCGAUUGCACCAGAGGUCUGGGACUGGUAUUCCGGCGCCGUGGGGGAUGGGGAAGGGUGUGUGCUUGAUACCUACUGGCAGACAGAAACGGGCUCCCACCUGGUCGCCCCGCUGGCCGGCAUCACCCCUACCAAGCCAGGGAGCGUGUCCCUACCGUUCUUUGGGAUCAAGCCGGCAAUUUUAGAUCCUGGUUCAGGGAAGGAGGUGACUGAACAUGAUGACGAGGGAGCUCUGGUCAUCAAACAGCCGUGGCCCAGCAUGGCUCGCACCAUUUGGGGAGCUCACGAGCUGUACAUGGAUACAUAUUUCAGUAGAUACCCGGGGUACUACUUCACCGGCGACCUGGCAAGUCGUGACAAAGACGGAUUUUAUUGGAUCAAGGGUCGAGCAGAUGAUAUCGUCAACGUCUCGGGCCAUCGAAUUUCCACCGCGGAAAUCGAAGCUGUCAUCCUCGAUCAUGAGCAAGCCAUCGAAACAGCUGUAGUCGGCGUGCCAGACAAGGUGACGGGACAUUCCUUGAAUGCUUUUGUAUCAGCAAAGUCAGACCCACGGACCGAUGAAAGUACACAUGACGAGGUUCGCAAAGGAGUCCGGACAGCUAUCGGCUCUUUUGCGGCACCAAAGUCUAUCUUUCUUGUCAGUGACCUGCCAAAAACUCGCAGCGGCAAGAUAAUGCGCCGGAUUCUGCGGCGAAUUGCCGGUGGCGAGCAGGAUUUGGGGGAUUUGUCUACGUUGAUGAACCCGGACUCGGUUGCAGAAGUUGCCGACCAGAGUGUUAGGGAGCCACUGUCAGUGGACAUGUUUUCUGCAGAACCAGACGGCUGA